AUGCCACGCCCCAGCACAGUCGCUGCUCGAUGCGCUGCAGUGAGCACAUCAAUCGGCCAGGUCAUCCCAGAUGUCAGCAGCUUUGCGCGAAAGGUUCGUGAAUCACGACACGACUUGAACGCAAUCAACCAUGAUUUGCUUGUCAUCAAGACUGGUCUUGGCAUCUCACAGGACGACUUUUCCAGACCAGGACUGAAAUUACCUGCCCCACUUGUUGAUGCAUUAAUGCAAAUCCUCGAUUCCUGCGACAACACUUGUGAGCGUCUUCAUAAGGCUUUCCUGAGGCUUUCCUGUGGUGAUGCGCCUCAGAUUGGCUGGCAGUCUCUCAAAGAUGGCAUUUUGGUCAAUUUACGACAUGAUCUGGAUGCAUGCAAGGUUGUGCUCGAACUCGCUAUCGAUUAUGUAGCGUUGUAUAAUCAGCAAGGCACAAUUGACUCACUGAUCAAAGCCUACGUCGAUGACUUGAUCAUAGCUAAUGAGGAGCUGCUCAAAAGGACAGAUGCGGAGGAGAUUUAUGUUAAUCAAACUGCACGAGAAGGGCUUCCAACCCUCUUGAAAGCGAUUCGUUUGCUUCGCUCAUGUAUCAAUGUCGAUUCAAAGCAAUCGCCACCGCCUGUCACAUCAUCUUCGAGUAGGCGAACAACAAUUGCACGUCCAGACUCGCUAGAGCCUGUGUUGGGUGAUAUGCGUCGGAGUGGAUGCAAAAGCCCCUCACCACAAAAUCCAGUAGGCUCGUCUAGAAGCAGAGGAGUUAGCACAUGGCUUGAAAAUGUUCCUCCUUUCGAAGAACAAGAGUCACCUAAACACUCAGCGAUUCAACGAGUUGCCGGGGGGCUGUCCCGCUUGCGACCGCUAUCACGGAGUGAUUUAGCUCCAUCUCGUGGAACUUUCUAUAAGGACGAUGGCGCCUCAUCUAGUUCGACCCUCAUCUCUCCCGAUUCACACAUCAGGAAAUCGCGAAGUUGGUGCAGCGACCUCUCAGGCAGAGCCAGUGCUUAUCUCGGCGGUGGGUCUAAAGACACCACGCCGAAAGAAUCAUCCAAACGAUCAGGAACAUUGACUAGUUCGAAUGUCUCCAUCUUCCAUAAGCAAAUUCUAUCCGACAAAAUAGCAGUAGCGAAAGACAAUCGGAAAGAGCUCGAAACAGAUCAACGGUCAGCUUUCGACCGCAUCUUGGCCAACAUUCCCGCAGAGGCAAAUGCUGCGGAAGUUGAAAAGAUCCUAUGGGAGGGCGCAAGCCCCAUGGCCUCGCACCCCGAGUUUGGCUACUUCUUUCUGCGAGUGGCAUACGAAAUGUCGCUUGACAUUUUGAGGAAGCUCAUAGAGUUUGGUGCGGAUAUUACACGCACACAACCAUCAUCGACGCCUUACUUUUCAGCUAUACAUGCUGCUGUUUCGGGACGGCAAUUAGCUACAGUUCAGUAUCUGGUGCUCUUGGGACAUUCUAUUGACAUCCCCAACAGUAAUGGCGAGACACCGCUUCAUCUUGCGGUAAAGACACCAGGAUCUUAUCAAGUAGCGCGAUAUCUUGUAGAAAUGGGCGCAGAUGUAAACUACCGAGCUAGAGAUGGUUAUACUCCUUUACAAUCGGCACUGAAGACCUCAAUCUUGGAAGGGAAGGAGAGGAGCAUGCUGAUUGAACUACUGUUCGCAUAUGGAGCUGACGAUGAAAUACAAAGAGGCGACAGAGAAAAUAUGAGAGGAAACUCCAAGGGGAAAAGCGUAUUGGGACUGACAUGA